GGAAAAAAAGGAAGGCGUGAGGGCGGGCAGGAGGGACAGGAUGCUUGUUUUUCGCUCUACCAAAGCCGUCUGAAGGCGAGACCGCGGGCCCAGGGCGCAGGACCCGCCGCAGACCCCGGGCCGUCUCCUCGCCCCGCGUCCUCUCCAGGGCUCUCGGGAAGGCGGGGAGAGAGCGCGCCCUCCCUCCGAGGCGCAGGAGAAACGCCCGGAGACACCGCGGGAGCCUGUGAAAGUCCCUGGGACUCCCAGUGAGGAAGUGACACUCCCAGGCUAGCCGGCCCGCGGCUGCCAGUCUGCACGGCCUCGGCACGGCGGCCCCGGAGCGGCGCGGGGUGGAUCUCAGGCUCUGCCGGCCCGCGCCCCGCGGGGUCCAUGCGCAGGGUCCCCCGCCCGGCUCCUUCCGUCCAGUCCUCCGAUGCGGCCCCCCAGAGCCGCGGGGCAGCCGGUGAUCUAGCCCGGGAGCCAGUCUUACAGCGGUGCCAAGCAGAGGGGCGGCGGAGACGGAGGGGCAGCCUCUUUGGGACUAACUCAUGAAGAACAAGGGUGCCAAGCAGAAGCUGAAACGAAAGGGAGCCGCCAGCGCGUUUGGCUGUGACCUGACGGAGUAUCUGGAAAGCUCGGGACAGGAUGUUCCAUAUGUUUUGAAGAGCUGUGCAGAAUUUAUAGAGACUCACGGCAUCGUGGAUGGAAUCUAUCGGCUUUCAGGAGUCACCUCAAACAUACAACGGCUAAGGCAAGAGUUUGGCUCAGAUCAAUGUCCAGAUCUGACAAGGGAAGUGUACCUCCAGGACAUCCACUGUGUGGGCUCGCUCUGCAAGCUCUACUUUAGGGAGCUGCCCAACCCCCUCCUGACUUAUGAGCUCUAUGAGAAAUUCACGGAGGCAGUGUCGCAUUGCCCGGAAGAAGGCCAACUGGCCCGAAUCCAAAAUGUUAUCCAGGAGCUUCCCCCAUCCCACUAUAGGACCUUGGAAUACCUGAUUCGACACCUGGCCCACAUUGCCUCCUUCAGCAGCAAGACCAACAUGCACGCCCGGAACCUGGCCCUGGUGUGGGCGCCAAACCUCCUCAGGUCUAAAGAAAUCGAAGCCACUGGUUGCAAUGGAGAUGCAGCCUUCCUUGCAGUCCGGGUCCAGCAGGUGGUGAUUGAGUUCAUACUGAAUCAUGUUGAUCAAAUCUUUAACAAUGGUGCACCUGGGUCUCUGGAGAAUGAUGAAAACCGGCCCAUCAUGAAAAGCCUGACCUUGCCAGCCCUCUCCCUGCCCAUGAAGCUGGUGAGCCUGGAGGAAGCUCAGGCCCGCAGCCUGGCCACUAACCAUCCUGCUCGCAAAGAAAGGAGGGAGAACAGCCUGCCUGAGAUUGUCCCUCCCAUGGGCACCCUCUUCCACACCGUCCUUGAAUUACCAGACAAUAAGCGAAAGCUCUCCAGUAAAUCAAAGAAGUGGAAGUCAAUAUUUAACCUGGGACGUUCUGGAUCGGACUCCAAAUCAAAGCUGAGUAGAAAUGGGAGUGUAUUUGUGAGAGGACAGAGGCUCUCGGUGGAAAAGGCUACUAUCCGACCAGCUAAAAGCAUGGACUCACUGUGUUCAGUGCCUGUGGAAGGAAAAGAAGCCAAGGGAAAUUUCAAUCGAACAGUUACCACCGGUGGAUUUUUCAUACCAGCAACAAAAAUGCACUCCACUGGCACCGGCAGCUCAUGUGACCUCAGCAAUCAGGAGGGCGAAUGGGGCCAGGAGGGGAUGCCUCCGGGGGCUGAGGGUGGCUUCGAUGUGAGCACCGAUCGCGGCCAUCUUCAGGGCGCUCAGACCCGGCCCCCACCAGAACAGCUGAAGGUUUUCCGGCCUGUUGAGGAUCCCGAGGGCGAGCAAACAGCCCCAAAGAUGCUGGGUAUGUUCUACACUUCGAACGACAGCCCCAGCAAAUCCGUCUUUACCAGCAGCCUCUUCCAGAUGGAGCCCUCGCCGCGUCACCAGCGCAAGGCGCUGAACAUCUCCGAGCCCUUUGCGGUGUCCGUGCCGCUCCGCGUGUCCGCCGUCAUCAGCACCAACAGCACGCCGUGCAGAACACCCCCGAAGGAGCUGCAGUCUCUUUCCAGCCUAGAGGAGUUUUCUUUUCAUGGGUCAGAGAGCGGAGGCUGGCCAGAAGACGAGAAGCCACUGGGAGCUGAGACUGCUACAGCUUCUGUACUUAAGAAGGCAGCUCUUGAAGAUGCCAAGCCAGUACCUGAAGCACCUUGGACAGUGGAAUGCAGCAAAGGCCUGUCCGAGGAGCUAGGCACCCACCUAGAGGAGAAUAAAACCCCAGAAAGCUCCUUGGGCUCUCAACAUUUAAGUGAAUUAGAGAAGAGGCCAAAUCCGGAGAAUGUGGUGGAAGAGGGACAAGAGGCUGACCAGGUGGGAUCCAGCACCCUGCAGGAGAGCCCUGGGGCCAGAGCCGAAGCUGUGAUUCUCCAUGAGAUGGAUGAAGAUGAUCUGGCCAAUGCCCUGAUCUGGCCCGAGAUUCAACAGGAGUUGAAAAUCAUUGAAUCUGAGGAGGAGCUCUCAUCGUUGCCACCACCUGCUCUGAAGACCAGCCCAAUUCAGCCUGUUCUUGAGUCGAGCCUGGGGCCCUUUGCUCCCCCAGAGCCUCCUCGGAGCUUACCUUGUAGCUCCUUGUCUUCUUCAGGCUCCGCCCCUCUGGAGGUGUGGACUAGGGACCCAGCCAAUCAGAGCACACAGGGGGCUUCCACAGUAGCCAAUAGAGAGAAACUGGAGCUUGAGCAGGGCGUGCAUCCAAACCUCGCCAGCCUGGCUCCUCUGGAAAUAGUUGCGUUUGAGACCGCGUCUCCUCAAGCAACAGGAAAAGUGGGAGGCCCAGGGAAUCUGUCUCCUUCAGUCCCACCUGCUGCUCCCCCUCCAACUCCUCUGGAGGAGGCACCUCCAGUCCUGCUUUCAAAGGGCAGCCCGGAGAGAGAAGACUCAUCCAGGAAAUUGGGGACAUAUCCCUACAUAGACCAGCGGGAGUCCCAAAACAGCCCUAGGAUCUCUAGCCCCUGUCAGGGAGAGGAGGCCACCCCAAGACAAAAUGACAAGCAAAAUUCAAAGAAUGCUGCUUCUGAGGGGAAAAGAUGUGGUUUUCCAAGCCCAACCAGGGAGGCUGAGAUCACCUCACAAGGAGAGGAAGAUGUAGCCCAUUCAGUACAGGAGCCUUCAGACUGUGACGAAGAUGACACUGUGACAGACAUUGCCCAGCAUGGCCUGGAGAUGGUGGAGCCCUGGGAGGAGCCCCAGUGGGUGACCAGUCCCCUUCACUCCCCCACCCUGAAAGAUGUGCAUGAGACCCAGGUACAGGGCCUUCAGGGUCACCGAUUGGAGAAGAGGCUUUCCCACAGGCCCAGCCUUCGUCAGAGCCAUUCUCUAGAUAGCAAACCCCCGGUUAAAAGCCAGUGGACUCUCGAGGUUCCCUCCUCCAGCAGCUGUGCUAAUCUUGAAACAGACAGGAAUUCUGACCCUCUGCAGCCCCAGACACCCAGGAGAGAGAUUACUGGAUGGGAUGAGAAAGCCCUGAGGUCCUUCAGAGAGUUCUCUGGCCUCAAAGGGGCAGAGGCUCUUCCCAACCAGAAGGGACCAAGUGGUAUGCAAACCAAGCCAGCAGAAACCAGCCCCAUCAGCCUAGCACAGGGAAAGGAUCUGGGGACACACCUGGGGCACAGCAGUCCACAGAUUAGGCAGGGUGGUGUUCCUGGGCCAGAGAGCAGCAAGGAGAAUUCACCCAGCAUACAGGACAGCCCUUCACCUGGAGAGCACCCCACAAAGUUACAGCUGAAGAGCACAGAGUGUGGGCCCCCAAAAGGGAAAAACAGGCCUUCUUCCCUCAACUUGGACCCUGCUAUUCCCAUUGCUGACCUCUUCUGGUUUGAGAAUGCGGCCUCAUUUAGUUCACCUGGAAUGCAGGCCUCUGAGCCAGGAGACCCAAAGGUCACAUGGAUGACCUCAUCUUACUGUAAAGCAGACCCCUGGAGGGUUUACUCCCAGGACCCCCAGGACCUGGACAUUGUGGCUCAUGUGCUGACAGGCCGCCGUAACUCAGCUCCUGUGAGUGUGUCAGCUGUGAGAACCUCCUUCAUGGUCAAAAUGUGCCAGGCCAGGGCGGUCCCAGUCAUCCCACCCAAGAUUCAGUACACCCAGAUCCCACAGCCCCUGCCCUCUCAGAGCUCAGAUGAGAGUGGGGCUCCACCUCUGGAGAGGAGCCAAGAGGAACCCAGCUCAACCAGUGGGACCACUCAGAAACCUGCCAAAGUUGAUUCUCCCUCCUCCCUGGAAAGCCCAAAGGAAGAAAAACCAAAGCAAGAUCCCAGUGCCAUUAAGUCCUCACCAGUGGAAGCCACUGCACCCUGCCUGUGUGAGGGACCCACCCUUUCUCUAGAACCAGGCUCGCCUAACCUGCUCUCGAUGCAGGAUGCAACAGUGCAAUGCAGAAAGCGCACUUCAGAGACAGAGCCAUCUGGGGACAACCUUCUUUCUUCAAAACUGGAGCGACCAUCUGGGGGAUCUAAGCCUUUCCACAGGUCAAGGCCAGGAAGACCUCAGAGCCUAAUCUUAUUCAGUCCUCCUUUCCCCGUUAUGGACCACCUGCCCCCCUCAUCCACAGUGACAGACUCCAAAGUCCUGCUGUCCCCUAUCAGAAGUCCCACUCAGACAGUUUCCCCUGGCCUUCUUUGUGGAGAGCUGGCAGAAAACACAUGGGUCACACCAGAAGGGGUUACACUUAGGAAUAAAAUGACCAUCCCUAAGAAUGGCCAGAGACUAGAGACCUCAACUAGCUGUUUUUACCAGCCCCAGCGGAGAUCGGUGAUUCUGGAUGGAAGAAGUGGCAGACAAAUAGAAUGAUUUCAGUUCACCUGCUGGUGUCUGAAAAAAAUUGUAAUUCAUCUGAAAGUUACUAGAGAGCCAGCUUGCCAUAGGUUAUCAAGCUUGGGCUUAUUCUCUUUCUUCAGCCUUUUGACCACUUAUUAAUUAGUCCAUUUGCCAGAAGGGUGGUCAAAGGAAAAACAAGAAAUGAAAUUUAGUUAAGUCUAUGUGAGCAAGUGAGACAAGGUUAGGUAGGGGAAGAGGAUGAAAUGCUUGCCUCCAGUGAACUUUGGAGCUUGAAUGUGAGUUGGAUUGCUCCCCUAUUGCUAUUAUCUAUUACUCUUGAGAGCUGGCUGUCCUUUGAAAGAAAGAAAUAAUGUUCUUUGAAAGAAAGAAAAAUAUCUUGCUGUGUCAAACCUCAAAAUGUUGCUAUUGAGGUUAGAAGGCCUCCUCUUCAUGCUUUUUAAUGCUCUUUAAAACAUGUGUUCUUUUAGACCAGUUUUCUAAUAAGCUUUGUAAAGUGUACUAUCCAAAAUAGAAGCAGAUCUGGAAAUGCAAACUAACGUGCACUUAGAUAUCCAAGUGGGUGAGCUUACCCACUCUUACCCAUGCUCUUUCCCUGGAAUCCCUGGAGACCUGUCCAAGAUGACUUCCAUAUACCAGCAUAGAAAAUCAAAAUCAAGAGCUAACCAUGAGAAUGGCAUAAUUCAACAAGACGUUCUGGCUCUGGCUUUUAAUAAUUUGGGACUCCAACUGCCACUAUACUGGACUGUGAUUUUUAAAUCUAGUAGCUACACGGGUAGAGGCUGAGCUGAGGAUUACCGUAAUGAAAUGCGCUAAAUCUUCAUUUAGGAGUGCAAUCGUGAAGUGAAGGCAUCUGCUUUCUUUACAGUAUCAGAGUUCAAGAACAGGAUGUCAUCACAGAUAAAAGCCUCACACAAAGGCAGAACUACACUCCAAAUUUAAUGUCUUUGAAUUGGUGGGGCACUAGCAGAAAAUACUUCUAGCUCAGCUUUACUCUUCUUCCACACUAGGCUGGACCCAGCAGUACAGGAGAGGAUGAAGGGAGGAGCUCCAGGAGGUGAGGGAUGAGCCCUAGUAGGGUGGCCAUCACAACCACUCACUGAGAGCUGCCCUUCUUAAAAAUGUAUUUUAUUUUAGCCAGUGGGUUGCUUCCUUUCUCCUUUUCUCUCCACUGCUCAAGAACAGAUUUAAGGCCAGGUGCAGUGGCUCACAUCUGUAAUCCCAACACUUUGGGAGGCUGAGAUGGGUGGAUUGCUUGAGCCUAGUUCAAGACCAGCUUGGGCAAUACAGCAAGACCCCAGCUCUUAAAAAAUAGAAGCUUGAGGAGCCCCUCUCCCUUCCAAAAUUCCCCUCAUACACUGCCCACUCCAGGCACUCACUCAAACUUGCUCUUCAACUCUGUAUACAAGCAGAAGCAAUAAACCAAUCUGAUUUUCUUUUCAAUUAUUUAUAACUUUCAAUGGUUCUUUUCUUUCCAGCUGGCAAGAGAGAGGAGAACUAAUAUACCUGCUGGCAUGUUUUUGGUGCUCCUUAAAAAAGGACUUCACAGGGCAUCUCUUCUCAGGUUCAAGCCUGGCUGAAUUCUGUCCAGAAGCUCAGUCGUUGCAGGAAUUUCUCUAAGGGCUGGUAGUACCUCUGGGUAGGCAUCACAACCAACGUUGGUUCUGGGCAUAGUGGGGGCUAAGAUGAAGCUGCCUCCUCCAAUGAGAAAUUGGGAGCUGAUGCCCUGCAACAGAUACAUAUUCGUCUCUCUCUUCCUCCCUCCCUGAUAAGCCUUACAAACAGUUUUGAAAUCUUGUUCUGUACCUUUCAAGUCUUUGGCGAGAGUCAGUCCUGCCUUCUGAGAGCACUGAGUGAGCAAUGCCUUUCAUCAUUGUUUUGGCCUUCUCUUGGGUGAGUAAGACAUUGGACCAACAGCCAAUGAGAUAUGAACCUGUAAGAAAAGUCCUAGAAUAUAGUAUUGUUCCCCUAGGCCAGCAAAGUGAAGAAAUAUAGUGGUGACAGAUGAGAAAGGCCAGGUUCCAGAUAUCUGAAAUGUACCUUCCUACCUUAUCAGAAAAUGUGGCAGACAGGUUUGAUGUGGGUCUCAGUGCUCCUGCGGUGUCCACGCUUUGCUAAGGACCAUGUUCUAGUUAGAAUGCAAGGGAGGGAAAGAGCUGCACUUUGCUUCACUAUCAGAACUCUGAGCCAAAUAAUGAAAUAUGUAAACUAUUUUAUGAUCAUUUUAAAUGUUUGUAACAUUUAUAAGAUAUAUUUUUAUUUGGGGAUAGACUGAGAAGCCACCAUUUACAUAUUAACAAGUGACUUCAGUUCUGA